AUGAAUUCUAUUGGACAAAAAAACUAAUUAAUAAAUUUUGGAAUCAUGGAUCAUCUUGGAAAUAUUGCUGCAGAUUAAGAUUCUUAUUGCAACUUCUAGCAUUAGGAUUCUUCUUUCAAUUUAAAUUCAAUAGCACAUUAGCAAUCAGGUCUUGAUAAUGGGAACCCAUCUUACCAAAAUAAUUGCAUAGGAAAUAAUGUUCCAAAUCACUACUCUAAUUAAAUGAACUAAAAUUAGGACUAUGAAGUGGUUUAAAUUGAUACAUCAACUGCAAAAGCCAAUUCAAAUUAUCAUUACCAACUAAGGGAUCAACAUAAUCAUUCUAAUGAGGGAUAAAGCAAUGGCUCAAAUAAUUCAUCUGUCACAAAUAUGAUGUAAAAUAUGGAUAUCAAUAAAAUGAGCAAUAGAUCAUCAGAUGUCGUUAUACUGAAUGAAGGAAUAGUUUGCUAAGUUUGCUUAAGUGCUAAUUUUACUGAUGAUAACUAGAUAAUAGUUUGUGAAUAUUGUUUAGGAGCUACUCAUUAAAGCUGCUAUGGACGAGAGCUAGACAAAGGAUAUCUAGAUUUGAAGUAGCCAUUUUUAUGUGAAAGAUGCCAUGAGAUUACUGAGAAAAAUCUGCCUUAUACUCAUAUAUAAUGUAUGUAUUGCAGUGAUUUUAGAGGCAUAAUGCGUAAGCUAAAGAAUAAAAGCUGGGUACAUUUCAGUUGUGUGAAUUGGAUACCAGAAAUAUAUCCUGAGGAUGAUGUUGAAAUCAUUAAAAUAGUAGGUAAGUUAAGAGAGAGUAGAAAAAAUAGAAAGUGCUAUAUAUGUAACAAGUUGGAUGGACAGGUCUGUAUUGGCUGUGAUUACUACAAAUGCAUAAGGCAUUUUCAUAUAAGAUGUGGAAUAGAGUAAGGAAUUCUGAGACCAUUAGAUGAUAUGGAGGGAUAAAGGUGUCCUACGAAUGAAUUUAACUACGCAGUAUUCUGUCCUGAUCAUGAAGCAAGAGCAAUAUAAGAGAUUUAAACAAAAGGAUUUGAGAACGUUGUUAAAAUGAGAGAUUUUGAACCAAAAGUUGAAACAAAGUAAAAACAUAGGGUUAAAAGAAUCACUUAGUAUGCAGGAGGUGUCAUUAAUUCAAAGAAAACUAUAGACAACUAUGAUGAUCUAGAUGGCUUUGUGGUAGAUGAGAAUGAGUUGACAAGUAGCGAUGAAAAAAAGAACACAGCAAAAGUUGCUAGAAGUAGGUCAAGAGAGAGGUUCUAUCAAGAUCCUUCUUAGAUACAAAAUCCAAUUUUCAAUGCUUUUAAUCAAUUCAGAUAGCUACCAAUAACGUAUGGAACUAAUACUUCUUAAAAUAACUAACCAAGUUAAAAGAAUUAAUAAAAUUAAUUAGCUCUGAAUUAAUUGGAAUAAAUGAGAAUAUAACUUGAGAACUGGUAGCAGCAAUUCGGUAAUAUCCCAGUCCCAUUCUCAAUGGUUAUGUAAUUGUUCUAAAACUUUGUCUGCAAUGCAAUUAUCGGAUCACAAUAAUCAAUUUAAUAAUAGCAAUAAUUGACUUAGUCACAGGCGUAAAGAAAAGUGGGAGCAGGAAUCUAACCUAGCCAUUAAAUUGAUAAUGAAGAGAAUAUUUCUGACUCUUCAUAGGAUGAUUCAUACAAUAUAGUUAACAAUGAAAUACAAUUAGAUAGAAUUAAGAACAAUCUUUAUAGAAUAAAUAAUUAAGAACUCAGCAGUAUAGUCGGCAUUAGACAAGAUUAGAGCAUAACUUUUAAGCAAUUCACUGAUCAGAUAAAGCUAUAUGCAAUAAGUAGAGGUAUUUAUGAUGAAGGUAGCGAGUAUAUUAUCAUAUCUCGAGAUCCUAUUCUGUUCAAGUUUCUUUUUAGAGCCACUAAUAAAAUGGUUGAUUCGAUUCCACCUGGGGGUGAGUUCUAAAUAUUUAGACAGUUUUUAACUAAGCAAACUUCUUCUGGAAAAAUCAUAAAUGAAUCUGAUGAAGUAAUUAUUCAAACACAUGAGGUCCUAGAUGAUGAUGAAGAUGAAGAACUGGUCAUUACAAAUGAGAUUACUGUACCACCAAACUUGAAUCAGUCAUUGCAAGCAUUCCUUAAAUCUAAACUUGAAGAUAAUGCAAGUUCUUAAAGCUCUGAUCAUAACUUCAAAUUUGGAGAACUUAUGGAUCAUAUAAACGAACUCAUUUCUUAAGAAAAAUCCUAAAUCAAUAAGAGUCAACUAUAGUAAGAUCUUCCACAAUACCAAGAGGGCUCAGAGGAACUGUUCAGAGUAAACAAAAGAAAACAUUAGGAGGGAUCUAUUGCUUUAUAGGCAGGAAAUUGA